CAGGCCUAGUGUAUGAUCAUUGUAAGAGUUUGUGGUUUAAAUCAUUGCAUCGGUAGACCGUAGACGCAAAUGUAGUUCAGUGAAUUAAGGAAAGAACAGACUCAAUCAUGUGAUAUAUCAUUGAAGAUUUUAAAUCCUCUUGUUUUCUUCUAACGGACACAUUGGAUAUACAGAACUAUUGUGUUUUAUUAAUUCAUCUGGAAACAUACACACAUAAAAAAGGAUUGAUCUCUUAAUUUUAAAGUGUUUACCACGAAUUUGGAUUUUGUGCUUUGGUUUAAUUAUUUAUUUUGCCACCAAAAUGCCAACAGUUGCCUCUACAAAAUAUACAAACUUUAAAAAGAAAUACAAAUGGGACUUACCAAAAAAUGUGGAAAAUUCUUCCUCAGAGACCUCUAGUGAUGGUGCUAGAGUAUUGUUGGCCAUUGAUAAAAAUCAGAGUUUAGAAUAUUUUAAAUUACCCCAUCUUAAACCUCCCAGAACUCUUCCAGCCAGGCCCCUUCGACAAAUUUCCGAGCGGAAGGAACACAGCAUCAACCCCUUCCCGAAGCGGGGGUCAGGUCAUGGAAUCUACCAGUAUGAAAAUAAAUAUUUCCGAUACGAAGGACAGUGGAGAAACGGAACUAAACAUGGACAUGGCAAACUUCAGAUGGCUGAUGGCAGUUACUACGAGGGUACAUUCUCCAAUGGUGAAAUUGAUGGCAAGGGAAUGCGGUUCUUUUCACAGACUGGUAGUAAAUACACUGGACAGUUUGUCAAAGGGGAGCUACAUGGGCGGGGCACCAUGGUCUACGCCGACGGAUCAAUGUACGAAGGCGAGUGGUACAGAAAUAGGAAGCACGGAUAUGGAAUCAUGAAGACAUUGGGAUCAAAUUCCAGUGAGGUUUAUGAAGGCAGUUAUGAUAAGAACAUGAAGCACGGAGUCGGGACCAUGAUGUAUGCAAAGAAGAUCCGCUCCGAUGGGUGCAGAAAUGGUGACCGGUAUGAGGGGAUGUGGGUCAAUGACAUGCGAGAGGGACGCGGAAUUCUGUACAGCAAUGACGGCUCAGUGUACGAGGGAAAUUUCCAAGGCGACAGUUUCAGUGGUAGAGGGGUAAUGCACCAUAUAUCUGGUUUGAUCUACGAUGGUCUUUGGGUUAAUGGAUUCCCAGAAAUAAUGGCCACAAAACUGAAAAUUUCGUUUGACAAUAAUUCAGAAAUCGACAAAAAGAAAAAAUCACCUAAAGACAAAACAAAAGUGUCAAUAUUUCAAGGAAUCGGAUUUACCGUUUCAGUGGAGUGUCUGAACGAGAGCAACAGAGUCAUACUAGACCAAGGUAGGGAAAUCCGACUGACAGUUGGAUUCAGGUAUUAUCCACCUGUAUCCGACAAUGAGAAGGAAGAUGCCUUGUUUGACAUGAUUGAAGAUGAUGUAGAAGAGAAACCUAUAGAAACUCCUUUUGGUUACUCUGUUGUUCCUUACCCGAUCACUGACCAGAUAAACUUCAGUGUGGAGGAUAUUCCAGAUGAUGACGAACAAGACGACCCGUCCAAAUCCCCAACAGAUCCUAGUCAAGGGCCAACAGCUGAAUCAGGAGAUGAGUCAUCAGACGAGAAACAGGAGAACACAGAGAAUGAUAAAGAGGAGAACAGCGAGGAGAAAGAUGAAGAGGACAAGGCUGAGGGUGAUGAAAAUGAUGAAUCUCCAGAUAUGGAAAAAGAAAAUACUGUUCCACAGUUCCCUUCCAUAACGACUUUAAGAACGAAAGAUGGAUUAUGUAAAUGGGAUGACCUCCAUUUGACCCCCGCCCCUCCUAAAUACCGACCUUUUGAGCGGAUGGAAGAACAAGAGAGACUUAAAUCGCAAUCCAAAAACAGAUCAAGAUCAAAAGAGCUCUCUACGCCUUCUAUGGGGCGACCCAGUGUCUCUGAUAUCAGAGAGCAGGGUAGCCGGAGACGAUCGUCCAUCAAGAACACGACCCACUCGUCAAUGUUUGAUAAGUUUCGGAUGAAAAAACAAAAAGCUCUUGAAGAAAAAUUUGCCAAACUUGGGGAGUACGUUCUUAUAGUGGAGGACGUCACAAACCCGCCAUUCAUGAACAGACGACUAGAGCCAGACUUUUUAUUAAUGAAACUAAAGCAACCACCCAAGGAAUUCAAACGAGAAAGCAAAAAGGAUCAUCCAGGGUCCAGAAAAUAGAUUCAUUCCCUUCCCUCUGUGGUGGGAUACAUCUUCACACAUCAAGGCAUCCAUGAGAGUCAAAGAAGACGAGAUACUCAGUAAAAAACAUCUCAAAGAUUAACAACACCUCUGUUUAGUCAGUCUCAGCCAUAACAACAUCUCCUCCAUGAAAUCAGGAAACCAACAUGCCAUCCAAGAGUUGUCUAUCAAUUUUAAUGAAUAUACUGAAUUUGAAUGAGUAUGAUUUGAGCAUAUUAUAUACUGACUGCAAAAUGAAAUUUCUAGUAACAUUUACAAAAUGGAUGUUGAAAAAAUAACAAUAGUAAUUUAUUUGUUAGUCAUGUACGUUUUAUUAUAUAUGUCUUUCAUCUUUGAGAUUACUUACUUGUUUAGAAGUGCAUCUUUUUCUUUCUAUGGUGUAUUUUUUCAAUGUGUACUGUAAACUGUUUAGUAAACCUGCGAGGAGUACAAAUGUGAGAGAGGAGAGAAAGUUGGGGGUUUAUCCAAUGUCGAGUCAAUAUUUUACCGAUGUACUGCAGCAUUAGUAGAAACUGUGAUUUGUGAUUACAUUGUUAUUACAGUUGGACACAGUUUGAUUACAUUGUGAUUACAGUGUGCCAAAUGCCUGUCCACACCAUUCCAUGUAUGUUGUUGAUUCAAUCUUUAUUUUAUAUACUGUAAAUUUAAGACUAUUUUAUUAUAUAUUAAAAUAAUGACAAAGUCCA